AUGAGUUGGUCGUGUGUUAUCGGUUUGAAGACCUCGGGUAUUGACAACUUGGGAGGGAAGGUCCAAGACCAGUUGGGGCUGCGUGCCGCGGCUCCGUUAACUUCUCCCAACUCCGUCAAGUAUUAUCGGCAUCUGCAUCGUACAAGCGACAUCUACGACAUGGACCCCGGAGAGCCCGAGGUGGUGAGCACAGUGCCGCUCUACAACUUUGACGGCAAGAUUAUCUGCAACCUGGCGGCUGACACGUGGCCUCUUGACAUCAGCGACGAGACGUGGGUGCUGCUGCCGAAGCUGACCCCACGGGUGGAGCUGCCAUCGCUGCCCUCUCUGCCGCACUUCCGAGUGUACGCCGAGCGCAGCUCCUCGUCUGUGGAUGUCAACAACUGGGAGCAGCUCGUGCACGUGCUCAGGACGCAUGGAAGGGUGGGGCUCAUCACAUCAGCGCGAGGGCAGUACCAGUUCGGCCUCCUUCCCAUCGCCACCCCUUCCACCACCACCUCCACCACCACCUCUACCUCUCCUCCUCCACCCCCUCCCGCCUUCGCCCACCACUCUGCACCUCCCCCCACCGGUUUCUCCUCUGCCCGGGCGUACUACGCGCCGCUGCCAGCUGGCAUUCCCCGCCGCGCCCCGCGCUUCCCUGCGGUGCUCCCGGGGCUGCUGGCGCAGCUGCAGAUGAGACCUGCUGCGCACACAGCACCUGCACAGACUAGUUCUGAUUUGACUCAAAACGCCCCGCGCUUCCCUGCGGUGCUCCCUGGGCUGCUGCCGCAGCAGCAGAUGCGACCUGCGCACACGGCGCCUGGACAGAUGGCGCCUGGACAGAUGGCGCCUGGUCAGAUGGCGCCUGGUCAGAUGGCGCCUGGUCAGAUGGCGCCUGGUCAGAUGGCGCCUGGACAGAUGGCGCCUGGUCAGAUGGCGCCUGGUCAGGCGGUGGUGCAUUCUCAUGUGGCACCUGGACAGGCACGUGCCCAGGUGGCAAACGUGCCAGUGCUGCGCGUGUGUGAUGAUGGCAAGGGCAUGGACCACGGCGAGUUGGUGCAGAUGCUGUCGCUGGGCCAUGACAUCCCUGCAGAGGAGGACCCCCACCACAUCGGCAGAUUCGGCGUUGGUUUCAAGACGGGCACCAUGCGCAUAGGCAACGAUGCGCUGGUGCUGACCCAGUCAACGGACAGCCGCAGCAUUGCGCUGCUCUCCCGCUCGCUCAACCAGGGCCGGCAGGAGCUGGAAAUCCCCAUAGUCACGUACCGGCGGGUGGUAUCUGGGGGAGUUGGAUCUGCAGCAGGGGGAGGUGGAUCUGCAGCAGGGGGAGGUGGAUCUGUUGAGUGGCAGCUGGAUGUGGGGGUGCAUUCAGAGGAGGAGGCAGAGAGGAGGAAGCGAGCAAUCUUCGACUUCUCGCCUCUGGACGAGCGAAAGAUAAACCAGGAGUUCCGCAAGCUGGAGCAGGCAAGUGGCAGCAGCGACACUCCCCCCACGGGCACGCGCAUCUACGUGUUCAACCUCAAGCGCUUGUCGCGCCCAGAUGCAGCGUACGAGCUCGAGUGGGACGACGACGCCCACGACAUCCUCAUCCGCACCAGACGCCCGCGCUCCCGCCCCAACCAGCUCUGCCAAGACGUUCCAAUAGACUACUCACUACGUGCCUACCUGCGGGUCAUGUUUCUCCACAAUCCCGCCACCAUCACAGUGCAAGGCCGCGCCGUGCAAGGCAGUGUCGACAUCGCGGAGAACCUCUCCCAACCGUUCUCCACCACUGGGACCGUGAUGGGGCAGCCGGUGCAAGUGCGCAUGGGCAUGGACGAAAGCGAGAGGGCGUGUGGGCGGUGCGGGUUCUUCCUGUACUGGCACGGGCGGCUCAUAGAGGCGUAUAAGAGGGUCGGAAGGAUGGAGUAUUCGGGGGAUGCUGGGCUGGGCGUGGUGGGCGUGGUGGACACUACUGCCCUCUUUGACGCAGCAGGGGAGCUGGGAGUGCUGAACUGCAAGCAGCGGUUUGCGGAGGGAGAGGAGUAUCAGCGGCUCAAGGACUUUCUGUCUGUCACCUUCAACCAGUACUGGGAGGACAACUUCGACAGGGACCUUCCCACUACGAACAUACCAGAGGGAGCAGUGCUACAGGAUCACCGGGACUGGGUGCAGUGCGACAAGUGCGAGCAGUGGCACAUUCUGCCGCCCCAUGUCACCAAGGAGUCACUCCCAGAGAACUGGUUCUGCUACAUGGAGCCUAUUCGAGGCACAUGCAACGACCCCAAUUACGUCGAACCAGCUCCUAACGAGGUCACCCUUGGGAUCUCCAGACAUUACAGUAACUACCCUGGUGCUGCUGCUGCUGCUGCUUCUGCUGCUGGUGCUGCUGGCGCUGCUACGCUGAAUGCUGGUGGGCGCACUGUGACUGGCACUGCUUCAGAUGCGGACAGCAACUGUGUUCCUGCCGUGCCUAGAAGUGUCUUCCCCUGCUGCUGCAGCCAAGGGCAAAGGAAUGACGAGCGAGGGGAAGCGAGUUAG